CGGACCUGGGCGCUUGCCAAACCCCGAGAAAACAUGGCCAAGAGAUCUCCUGCGCCCAUACCCCAAACCCAUGAGCGCACUCCGGGUCCAAGGGGUCAGGAUACCAAGGGCAACAAUGAACUGUUCCUAAAGGAGGUCUUCAAUACUACCAAUAAGUACAGGGCAAUGCAUGGCUGUCCGGCCUUAACCAUUAAUGCUGAGCUGAAUAAACUGGCCCAAGAAUGGGCUAAUCACCUUCGGGAUAAGAACAUAAUGGCCCAUCGACCCAAUCCCCGAUAUGGUGAAAACAUUUUCCUUUCCGGCGGAAUGGAUGUGUCCGGAGAUUUACCAGUGGAAAUGUGGUAUCGGGAGAUGAAUAGCUAUGACUUUGCCAAGGGACAAUUUGCUCCCACUGCUGGACAUUUUACGCAGCUGAUCUGGAAGGCCUCCAAAGAGAUGGGUUCGGGUGUGGCCAGAAAAGCGGAUAGAACUUGGGUGGUUUGCAAUUACAAUCCUCCCGGCAAUGUUGUGGGCAUGUUCAAGGACAAUGUGCCUCCUAAAUCUAAGGACUAAAAUUAUUUUAUUCAUUGAUUAAAUAUAAAUUUUAAGUAUGUAAA